UCCUUUCGGGUUUCGUCCUUGGUGGAGUGCGGGUCUCUGCGUAGAAUAUGAGGGGUUUGCAGUAGCUUUGUGCUUAGGUUCAUUUAACGGCGUGGGCGGACGAUUAUUAUGACUACUGUUGUUAUUUUCCUCUUCCCCCUUUAAAUGUAUUUAAUUUAAAAUUAAAUGUAUUAAUUUAAAUACAUUUAAAUGUAUUCAAUUGCUACUAAUUUGGAGUCUAGUGAGAGGCACUUGAAAAAUUGCCGGGGGUGGGUACCCAAAACAUUUUUUUCCAAUUUAUUGGGGGAAGCUGGGGACCCCCACUCCGUUUUCUGUAUUCUUUUCCAGACCUUUAGGCUUGAAUGGAACUUUUCACUGUGAUGAGAGGGAAAGGAGAAUUGCUUUUUCCAUAGAUGGGGACUUCAUGACAGCAAGGAGUCCCAAACUUCUUGAGGCAUAAAGAAUCUUCCAGGAUAAUCAGCAGGAUGAAGCUAAAAGAGAUAGACCGUACUGCCAUGCAGGCAUGGAGUCCAUCUCACCACCACCCCAUCUACUUGGCUACUGGUACAUCUGCUCAGCAGUUAGAUGCAAGCUUCAGUACCAGUGCUUCCCUGGAAAUAUUUGAACUUGACCUGACUGACCCAUCGCUGGAUAUGAAGUCCUGUGCUACUUUCUCAUCCACUCAUAGGUAUCACAAACUGAUAUGGGGUCCUCACAGAAUGACAUCUGAUGGGGAUCUUUCGGGGGUACUCAUUGCCGGCGGCGAAAACGGAAACAUCAUUUUGUAUGACCCAGCUAAAAUAUUGGCAGGUGAAGAGGAAGUUGUGAUUGCGCAGAAAGACAAGCACACGGGGCCUGUUAGAGCUCUGGAUGUCAACCUCUUCCAGACAAACCUAGUUGCCUCUGGUGCAAAUGAGUCUGAGAUCUACAUAUGGGACUUGAACAAUUUUGCAACGCCUAUGACUCCAGGAGCCAAGACUCAGCCUCCCGAAGACAUAAGCUGCAUUGCUUGGAACAGGCAAGUCCAGCAUAUCUUGGCUUCUGCAAGCCCUAGUGGCCGUGCUACAGUGUGGGAUCUCAGGAAGAAUGAACCUAUCAUCAAAGUCAGCGACCACAGUAACCGGAUGCACUGCUCAGGGCUGGCCUGGCAUCCUGAUGUCGCUACACAAAUGGUUCUGGCUUCGGAAGACGACAGGCUGCCUGUAAUCCAGGUGUGGGACCUCCGAUUUGCAUCUUCUCCACUUCGUGUUCUAGAAAGCCAUGCAAGGGGCAUUUUGACAAUAGCUUGGAGUAUGGCGGAUCCCGAACUGUUGCUGAGCUGUGGAAAGGAUGCUAAAAUUCUUUGCUCCAAUCCAAACACAGGAGAGGUGUUGUAUGAGCUUCCGACCAGUACCCAGUGGUGCUUUGACGUCCAGUGGUGUCCCAGGAACCCUGCUCUUCUCUCUGCUGCUUCUUUUGAUGGGAGGAUCAGCGUUUACUCGAUAAUGGGAGGAAGCACUGACAGCCUGCGACAGAAGCAAGCAGACAAGCUCUCGUCCUCCUUUGGUAAUCUCGAUCCAUUUGGAACAGGGCAGCCACUUCCUCCAUUGCAGCUCCCACAGCAGACCACUCCACAGAGCAGAAUCCUGCCCUUGAAGAAGCCACCCAAGUGGAUUCGCCGACCUGUCGGUGCAUCUUUUUCAUUUGGCGGAAAGCUAGUUACCUUUGAGAACAGCAAGCCCCAGCAGCAAGGAGCAGAGCAUCCUCAGCAUCACUACCACGUCUACGUCAGCCAAGUUGUCACCGAAAAGGAAUUCCUGAGCCGCUCCGAUCAGCUGCAGGAGGCUGUGCAGGCAGAAGCGUUUGUCAACUAUUGCCAGAAGAAAAUUGAUGCUGCCAAGAAUGACUUUGAGAGCAACGUGUGGUCUUUCUUAAAGGUGCAUUUUGAAGAGGAUUCACGUGGCAAAUGCUUGGAACUCCUGGGCUUCAGGAAAGAUGACUUACCAAAAAAGAUUUCUUUAGCUCUCCAUAAAGAGAGUCUUCAUAGUAGAGAACCAGAUGAGACUUUAGAGGAAUCUGACCAGCCAGUGCAGAGUGAUGGCGAAGAAGGUGUGGCUGCUCAGGAUCAGCUCUUGGGAGAGAGUAAAAAAGAUGAGACUGCCACUCCGCUGUCUGCAGAUGAAACAUUUAACAUUUCCGUCACUGGAGAUAUAGACGGCUUGAUCACUCAGGCUUUGCUGACGGGGAACUUUGAAAGCGCCGUUGACCUCUGCCUCCACGACAAUCGCAUGGCUGAUGCCAUUAUACUAGCUAUAGCCGGUGGCCAGGAGCUGCUGUCCAGAACCCAGGAGAAGUACUUUGCAAAGACACGAGGCAAAAUUACCAGGCUCAUCACUGCAGUUGUGACCAAGAACUGGAAGGAGAUUGUCCAGUCUUGCGACCUGCAAAACUGGAGGGAAGCUUUAGCUGCUGUGUUGACUUAUGCAAGGCCCGAUGAAUUUGCUGCUCUCUGUGAUUUGUUGGGCUCUAGGCUUGAAAGCGAAGGUGACAGCCAUCUGCAGACUCAGGCUUGCCUAUGUUACAUUUGUGCUGGAAAUGUAGAAAAGCUGGUUGCCUGCUGGACUAAAGCUCAAGAUGGAAGCACCCCGCUUUCCCUUCAGGACCUCAUUGAGAAAGUGGUUAUCCUGCGCAAGGCGGUGCAGCAGACGCAAGUGGCCGACGCCAGCACAGUUGGGGCUCUCUUGGCCGACAAGAUGAGCCAGUAUGCCAACCUCCUGGCUUCGCAGGGCAGCACCGCUGCAGCUUUAGCUUUCCUUCCCGAGAACACCAACCAGCCAAACAUCAUCUUGUUGCGGGAAAGGAUUUGUAGAGCUCAAGGAGAGCUUUCCCGGGCCCCAGAAGCACCAAAGGUACCUUACGAAAGACAGCCUGCAGCACCCAGGGGGAGAAUUGGACCUGCGGCUGGCCAGGCGCAGAUGCCACAAGCCCCAGCCCAGCAAUACUAUCACCAGGUUAGAGUUGCCCCUACUGUCACUACCUGGAGUAACAAAAACCCCACUGCCCUUCCCAGCCAUCCUCCUGCAGCCUCUCCCUCUGAGACACAGGGGGAAAACCCUCCUCCUCCAGGGUUUAUGCCAGGGACCGUUAAUCCCAGCGCACCACCUGCUUACAAUAUGUACUCUCAGGUCGCAGCACAACAAGCGUAUCCACAACCGUGCCAGCCAGCGCAGCAGUAUUCUUUCGGAACGGGGGGACCGUCGCUCUAUCAGCCCCACCAGCAACAACCUCCUCCGCCCCCUCCUGCCUCGGCCUCUUACACUAACCCCAAUCCUCCUUACAUGCCCUCUAACCCUCCCACCUCCAUGCCCUCCCCGCUGUACCCGGCCCAGCCCCAGCCCUCCCCGACCAGCUUGAACCCCAGCUCUUCUCUUCCUCCUCCCCCUCCUUCUGGUGCCUCCUUCCAGCAUGGCCGGCCGGGAGCCCCAGCAUCUUCUCUGCCGUAUGCGCUGCCUCCUGGACCCUCAGGUACAGAGCCGGCAACCAGUGAGCUCGCUGCAUCCCAAAGAACAGACUAUCAAUCCAUACAAGACCAAGCCAGUAUCCUGCAAGGACCUCAGAAUGGCUGGAACGACCCUCCUGCUUUGAGCAGAAUUGCAAAGAAAAAGAAGAUGCCUGAGAACUUCCUGCCUCCGGUUCCCAUCACAGCCCCGAUAAUGAACCCCAUGUCGGACCCUCAAGCCCAGCUGCAGCAGCAGCAGCAACAACAGCAGCAGUCAGCAAUGCCUCCUGCCCAGGUUCCGUUCCAGCCCUCGCAUCUUCCUCCAGGCCAACCUAGCAUGCCAAGCUCUUUCCAGAACGCCCCACAACCUGGGGGCCAUACCAUCAUGACUCCUUCCGUGUCCAUGCCCAGCAUGGAAGGGGCGCCUGGAGCGCCGAUUGGCAACACCAUGCAGCAUGUGCAAUCCUUGCCAACAGAGAAGAUCAUGAAAAAGCCCAUACCUGAGGAACACCUUAUCCUAAAGAAUACAUUUGAAGCUCUGAUCCAGAGGUGUCUCUCUUCAGCUACCGAUCCGCAAACCAAGAGGAAACUUGACGAUGCCAACAAACGCCUGGAGUUUCUGUAUGAUAAACUUAGAGAUCAGACACUCUCCCCGACGAUAAUCAACGGUUUGCACAACAUCGCCAGAAGCAUCGAAACACGGAACUACACGGAGGGGCUGAACAUCCACACCCACAUAGUCAGCACAAGCAACUUCAGCGAGACGUCCGCCUUCAUGCCGGUGCUCAAAGUGGUCCUCACCCAGGCCAACAAGCUGGCCGUGUGAAGUGGGCUUUUUGCAGAGCAGAAGCAUCCUGCUUUCAAAGUGGCGUGCUGCGAGAUGGACCCCGGCCCUUAGAGCAUGAUGCGAUAUAGAAAGCUGGUCACGACAAAGUCAUUUUCUCUUCUCCCUCCCCACCCCACCCUUGCCGCAGAUGAGCUUCGUUUUAGAAGGGCCAGCAAGUCCUGGUGCUUUUUCUUUCUCUCCAUCUUUUAUCGGCAGAUAAGUGUAUUUAAUUGCGCCACGUCAUAUACCCCAUUUUAAAUGCAUGUUACCUGCUGCUUUGAAAGUGGCUUUUAAAUACAGCAAAGAGAGGGGAGUUUGUGUGUAAGGCUGACCUCAGAAAGCAAUUUUUCCCCCACAUUCCUCUGCAUCAACAAGCAAUUAAAAUGUUUCAGAUUCUA